AUGUGCUGUCAGCACAAUUCCUUCAACCAACAAUGGGCGUGGCUUUGGUGAUACUCUCCGGCGCAAUUGCGUUGGCCGUGCCUCCACCGGCCCAGGCAUUUUUAUCUCCUGUGACAAGGUUUACGUUCCCUCAGGGGACGUCUGAUUCAAUACACAGGUGCAACAACGCCAUAUUCGCCGUGUCCGGGAAGUUGACGGCGCGCGCUGAGGGCAGUUUGGUGUGCCCCCACGCGGGGAGCAGUUCGCGGUGCCCCCCGGCGGGCACCGGGGGGUUGAGCGCUCGAAAUCACCUCCUCUACAGCCGUCGGCCGUUGACAUGGGCCUCGGCCGCAACUUCAUCGGCAGGCGAGGGGGGUGACGCGGGGGGUGCUGCCGGGGGUCCUGGUGCAGACGGCGCAACGGGAGCAGAAGGAGAGGGCGUGUCAGGUGCGGCGGCUGAGUCGGCGAGAAAACCGCCGGAGCCCGCGGGAGCGUCAGGGGCGAUAGAAGACGAGCUGCUGGCGCAGCUGGUCGGGCAGGACUAUGGCAUGUUGGCCCUCUUGCGGAACGACAAGUUUAAGGGGUUGAUUGUGUUGUUGAGAAACUUGCCACCGGACGAGUGGGUCGCGGAGGUGGCGAGGACCUACCCGGACGACGACGAGGUUAAGUCGAUGAUGGGGCAGGUGGGGAAGCUGAUGCGGAUGAUCGACUACUACCAGAAAAACCAGCCCAAGAAGUAG